AUGGCUCUGGCCAGUGUGAGUGUCUACGAAUUAAGUCGACUGUCUUCAAAUUACGCUCAACAGUCCUCAACAGCCGUCCGUCGAAGAUCUAACUCGACAAAAGUAAGAAGAAAAGGAGACGAAUCGUUGGAUAGAAGAAGACGAAGCCACAAUCAAAAUCAGGAACCAAUCACAAUCACUUACCUCGGUCGACCUAGAAGUCCGAGUGUGGAUCAUGUCCCAACUUCUCCACCUAUCCCUAUGACUCUUCGUAAUCGUCGACCGUCCCCGGCCACACUCAGCACGAUCAAAAAAGUUCCGUCAACGUCUUCUAUAACUGCAACUCCCUCCAGUCCGACUAAGAAGAUGUUGACGGGAUCAAGUGGACCUAAAAAACCAAAAGCUGUCACAUCUCCUACUCCUUGCACUUCUGAUGUAUGGAAUGAUUGCAUUGAAGUUGUAAACGAAAUCGGUAUUCUGGCAAGGAGGGAGAUUAAAAACAUGCGACGUCUUCGAAUCGCUACAUCUCGUCGAAUCAAAAUUGGGGAGGAUGAAGAGACGGUUCUCACUGCUACGAGGAUUUUGAGUCGAUCUAAUGCAUGGACUUUGGACACUUGUCAUGAAUAUUUGGGAGUUUUAGUAGAUAACAUCAUUAGUAUAGAUGAAAGAAAUCGAUCUAUUGCUCUGGAGGGUCUCGCUGCAAUAUCUGAUAAUUUGACGGAUCGUCUGCUCAAGUUUGCAAAUAUCAGUGCACACAGGAUUGGCGUAGACGUGGCAGCCGAGGAGAGGGCAGAAAAGGCAAAGACUUGUAUUCUGCUUCUCCGUUCCGUUGUUAAAAAACGUGACUGGUAUUAUCGACAACUGGAUGAGGAGUCAAUCGAUAAGUUGGAUGCUACAAUGGAACGGUUGAAAAAAAUCUGA